CGGCGGGCGGGGGGCUCGCCCCACUCCCGCCCAGCGCAGCCGCCGCGGCGGGGCUGGCACCACCCGACGUGCCGCACCAUGGGCAGCCAGGGCUCCAAGGCGGCGGGCGGAGACCCCGACACCGCCAAAGCCAACGGGCAGGAGAACGGCCACGUGAUCUACAACGGGGACAUGACGCCCAAGGUGGGGGUCGAGGUGUCCCCCCAGAACGGGAACGGCUCGGCUGAACCCCCCAAGGAGGAGAGCGAGGGCGAGCCGGGCGGGGGGGACGCCAUCGAGCCCGCCCCCCCCGCCGACGGCGGGGACCCCAAGCCCGAAGAAGGGGCCGCGGCCCCCAAGGACGCCCCCAAGAAGAAGAAGAAGUUCUCGUUCAAGAAAUCCUUCAAGCUGAGCGGGAUCUCGUUUCGGAAGAACAAGAAGGAGGCCGGGGACUCCUCUGGCUCCUCUCCCACGGAGGAGCAGGGCAAGGGCGAGGAGAGCCCCGCGGGGGGGGUGCAGCCCUCGGCUCCCCCCGAGGAAGGGCCGGCCGAGGAGCAGGGGGGCCCCGGGGAGGGCAGCGAGGGAGCUGAGCCCAAGGGGCAGGAGGGGGAAGCCGGCGGGAGCAAGGAGAAGGAGGAGGAGGAGGAGAAGGAGAAGCAGCAGGCGGGGGAGAGCCAAGGAGGAGACACAGCCAAACCCGAGGAGCCCUCGAAAGCCGCGGGGGCCGAGCCCACAACAAGCCCCGCGCCGGCGGUGGAGCAGAAGGAAGAGUAGAUUCCACUUGGCAUCGUCCUCACUGGAGACUCUCACGCCGUCCUCUCCAUCCUGGAACACCACGGACUCGCCCACACAAUCCCCCCUCCACCCCAGGCCCACCUAGAACUGACACCACUCCCCAGACCCCACACGCCCCUCGAGGUAUUUCUUCCUUCCCCCUCUCCUCCCUUUUUUUCCCCCCUGGUAGAAAAGCUGGUUUGGAUUCCCACACCACUGCCACCACUUGGAGUAGUUUUACCUGAGUCCUUUAAAAAAAAAAAAAAAACAAAAACAAAAACUGGGGGAGGAAGAUUAUUAUCCUGGACAUCACUGGAGUUUUACAGUUUGUAAGAAAACAGAUCCCACGUUCCUGCUCUGGAUCUCUGCGGCCUCCAGACUGUCCCUUCUCCUCCCAGCAGCUUUCCAAGCCCACUGACUGUUCAAUGGAUUCUUUUUUUUUUUUUCUUUUUUUUUCUUUUUUUUUUUGUUGUUUUGUUCUUUAUUUCUCGGUUUACAUUCCUGGUUCUGACUUCAUUUAAAGUAUUUUGUGCUUUUUAUAGAAAUCGAUGGUUUAAAAGCUAAUCUGGUUAGUUUUUUAUAAUGUCUUAUAUUGGCUUAAAACCAUAAAAGCUUGUAAGUCCGCUGUGUUUAAUUCUGCUUCUAAGGGAUAACUUUUAGGGUGUGGGGUGGAGAGAGGGGGCCCUGCCAGCUGUAUAAUGUGAAGCAAAACGUUUGUUUUCUCUGUAAAUAAUUUUUUUAAUGGCCAAACCACUUGAUUUGCAAUUUUCUAACUUGUAAAAAAAAAAAAAAAAAAAAAAAAGCAGGAAAAAAAAAAAAAAGGAAGAAAGAAA